AUGACAACUAUGAAACGAUGUUCUUCGUGUGGAACGAUUUCGGGAACAUGCAUUUGUACAGGAUGUCAAUCAUUAUUUUGUCCACAACAUUUCCACGAUCAUCGAUACUAUAUGACCAAGCAGUUGAACCAGCUGAUGGGUAAUUGUAAUCGACUUGUGAUGAAAACAAAGGAAACCAAUCAGAUUCAACGUAUUGAAAAUUCUCUGCUUGGUCAAAUUGAUAAUUGGGAAAAAAGUAUGAUGGAAAAGGUGAUGCAAACAGCCGAUAACACUCGUCAACAAAUCUUACAAUUGAUAAAUCGGAAAAAAUCAGAAAUCAUAGAAAGGAUCGAAUCGAUUGGCAAAGAAAUUCUUCUACGAAAAGACAUUAAUGAUUUCGUCGAAGACGACCUUAAACGAUUAAAUAACAUGAUCAAUAGUGUUCAAUUAGAUCUCGACGACUUUAUCCGACGACCUAUUCAACUCUACGUCAAUAAAACUCCACAGGUCGAUUGGAAUAAGCUCGUCUCUAUCGAGUACGACGCUUCCAAUAAUUUCAAUAAGAAAUCUCAGAUUCCGAUAUUAACAGAACGAAAUCACUCGUCUAGAAUCAACAAUCGAGCAAUUUCAUCAACUAAGAAAAACAAUUGUCUCUAUGCUACCGGUUGUGAAGAUUGCUUCUAUGUGCCGUAUAGUGGUGGUUGGAACGACGGUGGUUUCUAUCGUCGCAGUGACACUGGCGGCUAUUGCCAUUGUACUUGCCACCAGGACGAAAAGAAGAAGAAUCGAUUAUCGUAG